AUGGAGGAUGCGCCUCACGAGAAAGGUAUAAUUGGAAAUAACCUUGAUUUUCAGAUACAUUGGUACAAUUAAUAUUAAUAAUGCUACUUGAAAACGAGUGGACCGAAUUUGGUAUCAAAUGAUACGCGUGAUUCUAAAUUGUGACGAAGUGGGUUUGUUCAAAAGUGGGAGUCACAGGGUGCCUUGGACUCAUUUUGUGAUCGAAAGUAAAAUGAUGCGGGACAGUGCAAAAAUGAAGCGAUUUACGACAACAGAAAUGACACAAUGUGGAGGAAAUGUGGGUUAGAGCCAAAAAUUAAUGGGAUUCAUAGAAAAUUCACACAGCAGACAGCCAAUCAGAUGUCAGAGAUUAUCAGUGAUUUCAGAAUGAAUGUAAUGAGGGGACAAAUAGUACAGGUUGCCAAAUGAGGGGCUUGAGCUGUAUUAGAGCAACGAUACAAUACGGCGAAGUAUCUGAACAGAACUGCCUGAACUGAAAGCAACAAAAUAUCAAUCUCCAUGCACUUGGCCGGGAAGUUGUUAUUGGCUAAAAUGGCCCGGAAAUUCAAAGAGUAGUUUACUUUUGAAAUAUGGUCCUGUGGUAAACGCAUGCUAUUGCUUUAUAGUUGUCGAUGUUGUGCCAUCUGGAAAGAUAAUAUCCCUGAAAAUGACAGCCUACCUAGAGGAAGUAGCAACAAAGAAACGAAGUGGCGAAAAUUUAUUGAAUGAAGCCAAAAGGAUGAGACUCGCAUCUUUGACUCCGUCAGUGGUAGGUAUAUGUCUCCGCCUAUAUUGAUAUCUUUUACCUCAAAGUAUAAGGUGAUGGGGUGUUAAUGUGCCUAUAGUACGUGACGAUCGAGAGGACGAAUUUAUAAUAUCAUAGCCUCGUUGAUACAGCUGGGGAAAAUGAGUGCAGGAAAACAUCGUCUAUUGAGUGUGAUGAUCCGAAUAAAGGGAAACCCACCCGUCGUUUAAUUUCAAUGUGCUCUUUAGCUAACCUCUGUUGAACUGUAUUCUAAUAUUUUGAUUUAAUGGGAACUUAAUAAGUUUAAGUUAAUCCGUUUGGUUGCUGGUAAAUAACCGAGUCAGGACCUAAGAGAAAUGUUUUCCACUUCGUUGUAGUUGGAUUCGACAGUGAGGGCAAGAGAUGCGUAUAUCGCUUGGCAUGAGGCCCUUUUCCCCCAUGAAACUGUUUUGCCCGUGUCAGCAGACAAGUUGCGUGCUUUUUGCAAAAGUCUGUCCGACAUGGGCUAUUCCUAUUCCACCAUCCUCUUGAUGUAUUUCAGUGGAGUGUGCUCUUGGGUGAGUUCUAUUUAUUUUUUUAUUUAUUCUCUGUGUUCAAUCAUAUCCCUUUGUGUAUGGCAGACCCAAAAAAUAGCGGUAUGUCGAUCGGAAACCACAAGGCCGAACAUUUGCAGUUCUCUCACAAUAACGAUCGAUGUGUCCUCCAAAGGUGAACCCUCGCCAUAAAGUAGGUGAUUGAAGUGAAGUCAUCAAAAGUAAUUGUGUCUUCAUAUUAUGUUUCCUUGCAGCAUCUGUGUAACGACUUAGCAAGUCCAAGACAGACUUUUCCAACC